AUGGAGGAAAUAAUAUACCCUCAACCUCCUGACGUUCCUUUAACUCCUAUCAUUAAUGAUAAUACUCCGCCGCCUUCAAAUAUUGCGCCUGCUUCAGCAAAUUUACCUAAGGAUGAAAAAGAAAAUACUUUCUUGGUCUCCCUGAAAAAACCUGACGUGACUAUGCCAAAACGAUCAGGUUAUAACAAGAUUUAUGAAAUCUGCCAUCUAGGACAACCUGAUACCAUUACGGGCUCAUUUCCUGAGAAAAAGAACUAUUAUUUCGCAGUCUCUGCCAAAAUAAUUUGGGAUGCCAUAAUUGAAUUUGGGAUUUUACUUAUAAUUAUGGCAGUCCAAAAUAAUUUGGGUGGCAUGUAUAAUAAUGACCACUCACAAAAUAAAGCUUUUCACGCUAAUUUAAUUUUUGAGCGCUGGAGAAAUAGAGAAAUUAAAACUAUUAAGUCUCUUCAUACGGGAAUUUCUUACAACUCCCGUUACAUGGCCCGUAAUCAUUUCCGCAAUAUUACAGCAGGUAGAAUUCAUAUGUACCACAAAUUACUGAACGGUUUUCGGUUCUCUCCAAGUCCAAAUCCUAAGACAGCGACAAAGCAGAAACAACGUUUUGAAUGCUCUGUUAGAAGAGUCCUCAAAGAUGAAACAAUUAAACCAGGUGGUAUCACAGGUCGAACAGAUGUCAUUGUCGCAAAAUUUGCCUGGAAUUUUUCUGGCAAAUUGAGAAUUAUUGGGGUAAAUUGUGUUACAAUUUUGGGAUAAUGGAGGUCUUACAAUUUGGCAAAUUUUGUCAAAAUGGCGGAAUUCCUACAGAAUUCCUAAUUCAAAUGUUGAGAAAUUUUUCAGUAAAUUAUCAUUAAAUUGUGGGAAAUUUUAGGCAAAUCUUUAGUAAUGAUAUGCAAACGAAGUGCAAAUUGUGGUGAAUUUAGUCAAAUUUUUAGUAAUUUUAUGCAAACGUAAUGCAAAUUGUGGUGAAUUUAAUUAAUACUAUGUAAACGAAGUGCAAAUUGUGGUGAAUUUUUAGCAAUAUUAGGCC